AUGGCUGAUGUGGAUCCAGAGGUGGCUGCAGCAGGACAGCCAAAGAAGAGAACAUUUAAGAAGUUUAGCUUCAGGGGUGUUGAUUUGGAUGCCCUUCUUGACAUGUCCACCGAUGAGCUUGUCAAGCUCUUCAAUGCACGUGCUCGCAGAAGGUUCCAGAGGGGUCUGAAGAGAAAGCCUAUGGCUCUCAUUAAGAAGCUCCGGAAGGCGAAAAGGGAGGCCCCGGCUGGGGAGAAGCCUGAAGCUGUCCGCACACACUUGCGUAACAUGAUCAUUGUACCCGAAAUGAUUGGAAGCAUUGUUGGAGUGUACAAUGGCAAGACAUUCAAUCAGGUUGAAAUCAAGCCUGAAAUGAUUGGACAUUAUCUUGCUGAGUUCUCAAUCUCAUACAAGCCUGUUAAGCAUGGUAGACCCGGUAUUGGUGCUACCCAUUCAUCUAGGUUCAUUCCUCUUAAGUGA